AUGGAAGUAGAAAACAUAGGACCAUAAAAAACACCUUAAAAAAAGGCCAGCUUAGGAAAUCAAUAAAUUCAUGAGUCUAUAAUUAUUCAAGAUGAUAGUCCUGUAUUAGAAUAAAUGAAAAUUAGUAUAUCAGAUUAGAUAAAAGACUCACGCUCAACAUUAAUUGAUGAAAAAAUUGAAUUCAGCAAUAAUUCGUAUCAAAAUUUUGAUAAAAGAAAUGAAAAUAACAACUUAUUUAGCUCAACAGAACGCUAAAAGUUUAUGGAUUUUCAUAAGCAUUUAGAUAAUAUUGUUUUACAUAGUAAUAAAUAAGAGAAAGAAAAUCUAAUAUCUCAAAACUUGAAUGAUAUAAAUAAAUAAUUACUAAAUAAGAAUAAUGUUAGAGAUUAGUAUGCAUAGGAGUAGAUUUAACAACAAAAACUAAAUGAGUUGAAUAUAUUUAAAGAUAGUUAAAAUGAAGAAUUCAGGAUGAAACUUAAACAAAAAGAUUUUGUUAUAUCUCAAAAGGAAGAGGAGUUAGCUGAAUAAUAAAGGAAAUUAAAAAAUUUAGAAUAAAAAAUAAAUAUGCAAGAGACAGAGCUUAUAGAAUAUAAGCAAGUGAACAAAAAAUUUCAAUAAUUAUUGGAUGAACAGUAAAGUGCUUUUGAAAAGAAAAUAUAAAAAAUUUAAUCAAAUUAAGACUUCACAUUAGAAAUUAAUGGUGAAUGGAAAACGUAAUUGCUUGAAUAAAAGGAAAAAAUAGAGGAAUUGCAAAGAUAAGUUUUGAUUUUAAACAGUAAAUUGGAGAAAAAAGAAAUAGAAAAUCAGUCCUUAAUUGAAAAAAAUUUAGAAUUGAGUAAUGAAAAUUAUGAUCUCAAUGAAAAUCUAGAAAAACAAAUAAGAGAAUACAAGCUUUUAUAAGCUUAAAGGAGACAAGAGGAGGGUAUAUUUGAUGAAUAUGGAAAUCAAUAAAAUAAAUUCAUAAACUCUCUAGUCUCUUACUAAAAAGAUUUGAAAGAGGUAUUCUAGUAAAUUAACAAUAACCCAAUUAUUGAGAAAUACAAAAAGUAGAAUGAAGAACUUAUUUUAGAAAACACCUCUCUAAGAGAGCAAGUUGUCAAAUUAAAUCAAGAACUAAGUGAGCAUUAAUUAGAAGAAGCUAAAAAGAAUCAUGAAGAAAUUAGCAAUCUCUCUGCUAAUUAAGAUGAAAAUUAAAAAAAUAACAGUGAAACACUAUAUCAGAGUAUGAUGUAAAAAUUUAUAGAAAUGGAUGAAAAAAUGAUUUAAAAUGAUAAUGAAAAAUUCGAAGCAUUAUAGCAGAAAAACUUUUGGUUCGGAAAAUCUUAAUCUUUAGAAAAUGAAGUAAACUCCCUUAAAGAGUAGAUAAAAAUACUUAAUUCUAAAAUAGAAGAUUUGGAAAAUUAAUAAAUUCAAAUGAAGCAAACUAAUAAGAAAGCUAACAACGUAAAUAAUAACAAAACUAAAAAGCGUAAAGUAGGAAAGGACUCAGAUAUAGAGGAGGACUCUAUGAAUAUAACUGAUAAAAAGUUAAAACCUAAUUACGAUUUAGACACAGCAAGUGUAUAACUUAGUGUAUAAGAAAGCUUACAUAAAAAUGAAAUGUCUGCUGAAAAAGAGUAAACAAGUGUUCCUAUUUUAUCUAAACCAAUAUAACAAUCUAACCAAAAUGUAUCUGUCCCUUCCAAAAAUACAGCUUUGUUUAAAUUAAGAGUUUGCAACAAAUGUAAUUUAAAUAUAAAGAAAUUACAAGAAUACGAAACUUGCACAACAUGCACAAAGGAUUAUCACACCAAGUGUAAAGGAGACUCAGUUGUUGGUACAUUAUGCCAUAUUUGUCAUGAAAAGUAAAAGAAAAAAAUAAAUCAAGAAAUGGAAGUUGAAAAACAAAAAGAAAAACCAUUAGACAUGGUUUCUGAAAAUUGA